AUGGAUCGAAAAAUGGAGGAAAACGUAUUGAGAUGGCUAAAAGAAGAGUUAGAUCAGGAGGAUUUGAUUGAAAGUGAACAGGAAGAGGAUUUGAGAGAAGAAGAAAAUAUAGUUCACUCUCCGCACGACACUGAUACCGAGCAAGAAGAUCAGGCUGAUGAAUAUAGUGAGGAUGCUGAACAAAGCAGUGUAUCGGACGACAGUAUGCCACUCGCAGAAUUAGCCACUUAUAAGUCACGAAAUGAAACGGAAUGGAGGAAACGACCAUUUCCUACAACAAGGGUACGUUCGCAUAAUAUUAUACAAAGAACUUUAGGACCAAAAGGUACAGCUUCUAAUGCUAGUACAUCCCUUCAGUGUUUCGAGUUAUUUUUUGACUCUGAUAUCUUUGAAUCCCUGGUAAAGUGUACAAAUAUAUAUAUUGAUACUAUAAAGAAUAAAUACAAAAGAGAACGCGAUGCGAAGCCUACAACUCUAACUGAAAUGAGAGCGUUUGUUGGGCUACUCAUAGUCAUUGGUGUCAAUAGAUCAGGACGACAAAAUCUUAAAGACUUUUGGGACAACUCAAUUGGAACGGGCUUUGAGCUAGUUUAUCUCACAAUGUCGAUAAAUCGAUUUCGUUUCCUACUACGAUCUGUACGAUUUGAUGAUAUCCGCGACCGCCCUCAGAGACAAGAAAUUGAUAAGCUUGCUGCCAUACGGAGCUUUAUUGAAGCUAUAAGAUGCCACUGUUUAGAAUAUUAUACUCCAAGUGAAAAUUUGACAUUAGAUGAGCAACUUGUAGCAUUUAGAGGUCGAUGUCGUUUUAUUAUGUACCUACCCAACAAACCAGCAAAAUUCGGAAUAAAGAUAUUUAUGGUAGUGGAUACCAAAUGCCCGUAUGUUUACAACUUUGAAGUAUACUGUGGCGAACAACCAGAAGGUCCAUUCCAUAUAUCCAACAAAGUAGCAGAUCUCACUAAUAGAUUAUUAGAACCGCUUAUACGUAUGGGAUGUAAUGUUACGAUGGAUAACUGGUUCACAAGUUAUCCAGUGGCAUUGCAGCUUUUGGAAAAAAGAAUUACUGUUGUCGGUACUCUUAAGGGUAAUAAGCCAGAAAUCCCCCCAAAUUUUAAGACUAGUCGGGACCGAGAAAUAAAUAGCUCUUUAUUUGGGUUUCAGAAAAACUGUACACUAGUCAGUUAUGUGCCAAAAAGGAACAAAACAGUUUUAUUAUUGUCAACAAUGCACCACGAUGCAGCAAUUGAUCUUACUACAGGCGAUGCCAAAAAGCCUGAAAUUAUAACAUUUUAUAAUCAAACAAAGUGUGGGGUGGAUAUUGUGGACAGGAUGUGUCGUCAAUAUGACGUGUCUAGAAAUAGUAGACAAUAUUUCAAUUUAAAAUGGGCUACAAGUGUAGCCCACGCGAGCACUUAUGAACGUUUUAGAGGCGCGUGUACCGUAGUGUUAAUGUGCUUACUAAAGACAGCUUUUAUUUUUGAACAGCUUCACGUUAACUACGUGUUUGAUGUGAUAAGUUAA